UGUGGCAAAAGGCGGCGGAGGAGGCGGUGCCUCCCGGCGGGACGGGGCCAGGUGCAGUCGAGGCGGCGGCGGCGGCUCCGGGCGCGGUGCAGCCAGAGGACCCUGCAGGGCACCGGGAGCAGAAUCGCUGCCGGCCUCAGCCUCUCCUUCGGAGCGGGACAUGGCCUCCGCGCUCCCCGGCAGCGGCCUCUGCUCAUCCAGCCUCCCACAAGCACCGGGCGAAGCCGUUCCAAGCAGCGCCGCCAGCAUCUCGCUGUGGACGGUGGUGGCUGCCGUGCAGGCGGUGGAGAAGAGCGUAGAGGCCCACGCCUCCCGGCUGCUCAACCUAGAGCGCAGGACGGUAACCACCGAAAAGAAGUACUUGGACUGUGAGAAAACGGUGGUGGAUUUUGGGAACCAGCUGGAGAGCAAGCUGACCGUGCUGGGCACUCUCAUCCAGGAGUACGGGCAGCUGCAGCGGCGGCUGGAGCACAUGGAGAACCUGCUGAAGAACAGGAAUUUCUCCAUGUUGCGCCUGCCCCCCGGCCUCAAGGCCCCGGAGGCAUCUGAAAGCGACACUGCUUGCUUUGCUGAGCAAGAGUGGGAGAGCCUGGAGGAAUGGCAGAAGGAGCUGUACAAGAACAUGCUGAGAGGGAACGGUGAAUCUCUGAACUCCCUGGAUUAUGCAAUCUCCAAACCUGACCUCCUGUCCCGGCUUCAGAGAGGAGAAGCGCCCUGCAGUGAGGUGACCUCGGGACAGAAGGAGAUUUCUACAGAACCGAGUGCAGCAGACUUCAGCAUUCCAGAGCCGAGCUUUGCAGGUGCUCUGAAGCAAAAUGAAGAGGCAUGUGCGGAGGAGCAGGAAGCCACGGAGGGUGCGGAGUUUACUGAGCUCAGCGUGGUUCCAGCUGAUGAGGUGAUAGCAUUCAAAAUAGAGCAGCUGGACUCUGAAGACUCAGAGUGUCCCACAGCUUUACCCGGGGAAUCAGAAGACAUGGUUUUCCAGAGUGCCAACGAGGCGCUGCCCUUUGACAGUCAGUACAGCUCUUCUAUGGCCCUGGGAAACCAGAGCAUGAGCAGGCUGGUGCCAUCUGCUUCCGGGGAAGGUGAUCUUGGUGAAAUCAGCACCAUCACGUUCUACAGGCAAGACUAUCCCGAGGAGAGGCCUCACUCAUGUGUUGCGUGCAGGAAGGGCUUAUGUCUGAAGAAGAUGCUGAUGCAGCAGCAGAAUCACAGCACGCUGUGUGGCAGUGAGCCCGCUGAAGAUGAGAACGUCUUCAUCCAUCAGCCUCACCAACAGAUCCACGUUGCCACGGAGAGCUUCAAGCAGAACCAGAGGGUAAAAGCCCCUGCCGGCAUCCCAGCCAUGGACAAGGCACGUGGCAGUCCCAGGUGCAUGAAGAACAUCAACACCAACCGCAGCAACAAACCGGGUCACGCGCAGGGGAAGCCUUACAAGUGCAGCAAGUGUCAGGAGUGCUUCUCCCAGAAGAAAACCCUCAUCAUCCACCAGCGCGUGCACUCGGGCCGGAGCCCGGGGGUCCUUUGGUGCUCGUACUGUGGGAAGACGUUCAGCCAUCCCUCCAACCUGAUCCGGCAUCAGAGGAUCCACACUGGGGAGAGGCCGUACCAGUGCAACGAGUGCUUGAAGCGCUUCACCCAGAAGCAGCAUCUCCUUCAGCACGAGAAGAUCCACCUGCGAGAGAGGAACUGCGCCGUCAGGAAUCACGUGAGGGAGGCACCGCUCUAGGGCUUGUAGAUUGUGCAGGGCUCACGUGGCCCUGUAGCCCCUGGGCGAGGAAGGCAGGAGAGGACAGAGUCUCUGCUGCUCAGCAUUAAAGUCUCUCUAACUAUUUAUCAUAAAGGUCCAAGCAAAGUAGAAUUAGGAUCCACCACGGCAUGACUGCCCUCUUCUUUGUGGUGGUGAUGAUGCAAUACCUCAUAGUUAGCUGAAAAUCUCUUAAGAACAAAAGUGUUUAGGGUCUCUCCAGGUUUGAGUCAGUUACCUGAACUGGUUACAGCAAGGUUAAGUUAAUUGAAGCAGCUGCUUUUCACCUGGAGUUUCCCUGGCUGCAUACCUUGAUGAAUUUCUGCUGUGCUCAGUUUCAUGGGCAAGCUUGAGUGACGUGUUCAGAAGACUCCAGGAAAUGAAAGUCGUGCAUGAGAUGAAGUCUCGCUGGCAGCUUGCAGGGAGACUCUGGGUUUGGACUGCAGUGACAGGGGAAUUUCACUUUUUGUCUUGCUUCUGAGCACACCUAACAGAGGUGGCAUCGCCCAGACUCCUCCCAGUACCUCUUGGACUCCCAGUGGAACUGAAAGGGGAAACAACUGGUGAGCCAGAGAUGGUGCUCAGAGCCUGUACUCUCAGGCUGAAGUGAGCGUUGCGAUAACGUUCUGCUAACUGCCUCUACGUUAACACUUUUUCCUUUGUAUUUAAUUAUUGUCAUCAUCUCCCUUUCCUCCUGGUGGCGUGGGGUACGUACGCCUUUUGAUCUUGGGGAUGGGCUUUCAUUAUAUCCCAAAAUGAAACAUGUUCAGCGAAUGGCCCAAAUACGUCGUGCGACUUCAGGGCUCCCAAUGCUGCCUGACCUGGAUCAAAGCUGCUGCUCGAUCUCCCCGUUGCUCAUCGGGCUUUAGAAACCCCUCUGCCACUUCCCGGUCCCCAGGUGCCUGCUGAGGGGCAGGUGCAGGUGGCUGGCUCAUGCUUGCAGGGACAGAGGUGUUAGAAUCAUAGAUUCCUCGGGUUCCUGCUGGUCCCUGGGCAGGUCUGUUAGCCUGGAAGCUCUUUCGGCCCAGGAGUGAGCUCUCUCUUUCCAGGACCUCGCUGUUCAAUGCCACCUGCUUUCAUCAGAGCACAAGACAGGAGUGCUGCUGUGCCUGCUGCAGCCAAGCAGCGAGGCCAGCUCUGAGCUCUGGUUUAAGCUAACCCAAUUCUUGCAGAAUCCGGAGCGGGUCGGGGUGAGCCUGUGUGAGCUGCUCGUGCUGCAGGAAUGGCACGGAGCCACUGGUGCAGCAGCGUCAACCGCUGCAGGCGUUUCCCCAUGACAUUUGCCUGCGGCCUCUUCUCAUCUUAGCGCUGCCGAGGUCUUUGAUUUCUGGUAUGUCUGGACAGCUCUGUGUGUGGUGAGCCUCUCUUUGUGCACUCCCCAGUAUGUUUUUUUCCCAAAGCAGAAAUCUGUGGGGACAGAGCAUUCCAUGCUUUGUCACUUGUCAGUGUUCGGCGGCCGCUUGUUACCAUGGAGCGACGAACGCGGACCGGUUUUGCUUUGCUGUGCGCCGUGCUGAGGAGAAAUCUCCUGGCAGUCAGCAGUUUGAAUCCCAGACAAUCUGUUUGGGCCUGUUCAGGAAGCAGGUGAACUGAUCCGUCCUCCAGCGCUUCCUGCUGACAGCUGUUAAACUGCUUGUUUCCUUCUUCCCUUUUUUGUUACGUAGACUGUGAGCCUCCGGGGCAGGGAGCACGUUUCUGUCAUUUGGGAAAUGCCAGUUCAACCUGCAGCGGUAGAUACUUGAUUUUUUUUUUAUUACAAUAACAUUAAACUUGAACGGAUUAAAGCUGUGAAGCCUUAA